AGGCGGCGGCGGCGGCGGCGGAGAAGCCGGAGGAGGAGGAGCGGGGCCCGGCGGGGCAGCCAUGAACGGCAGCCGCAGCGAGAGCGACUGGCAGGGGCUGGUGGGAGAGUACCUGGUGUGUAAACGGAAACUGGAGAGCAAGAAGGAAGCGUUGCUGAUUCUUUCGAAGGAGCUCGAUUCCUGUCAACAGGAAAGAGACCAGUUCAAGCUUAUGGCUAACCAACUACGGGAAAAACACCAAUCGCUAAAGAAGAAAUACCAAGAACUAAUUGAUGGCGACCCGUCUCUUCCCCCAGAGAAGAGAAAGCAGGUAGGUUUUAUUUCUGACUAA